UCGGCUUAUGAUUUUUUUGAAAUGUUUUAAUUUCAUUUUUAAUUUACAUAUUGAGUCUUAAAAAUAAAAUAAUUAACAUGAUAUUACUUAAUUAAGCCGUCCAAAUAAGUUAAACUUAAUUAGGGUUGUUAACAGUUUUGCUACUUGAUCAUGCAAAAAAAAUUGUCUUGGUAUCUUCCUAGUCCCUAGUGGUUCAGUUCAGCUUCCAUCCACUUUAAAAUUUAAAAAAAUUAACUAAAUUGAAGCUCUGCAACACUCAAAUUAAAAAUUCCAAAUUAAACUCAAAUCUGUAUAGUUCAAUACUGAAUUAUUCAAGUUUUUGAGUGGGAGGCAUGAGCACAUCCAAAUCAAAAAUUGCCGAUUUUGCCUCUAAUGAAAGCACGAUCGAGGAGUGGAUAGAGGAGCUGAUAGAUGAUGUUACUUGCGGUUUGUGCUUUGAGAUACAUCGGUCGUGCAAGAAGGGCUACUUUCUGCUUGACGAAUCGGAUUUUGAAUCACAGAAGCAGUAUGAAAUAGUGAACAAGAAGGGGUUGGAUGUGUUUGGCCAGCCACCGAACACGAAGAAGCAAGUGGAAUGCAUCUGCCCCACCUGCCACAGGAACCUCGCUGCGUCCAGGUUCGCACCACACCUCGAGAAGUGCAUGGGCAUGGGCAGGAUCAGUUCCAGGAUUGCUUCAAGAAGGAUAGCGUCAGGGACUCAGUUGCAGAAGAAGUUGAGUGAACAUGAAGGAAGCGCCAGUGAUGAGGAAGACAGCUACAGACAUGACAAGAAAUCCAGAAGAAUGAGGAAAGAAAGAAGCUCAAAUUCAACAAAAAGAAAGAAUAAAACAAAACAAUCAGCAGAAAACAGUCCACACCUGAGCAGUUCCACCAGCAACACACCAACCUCCCAGCCACCACAACAGCAACAACAUCAUCACAAUGAAAAUGAUGAUGACAAUGAGAACGAUGAUGACCACAACCCCUCCUACCUCACUCACACGUGAACAUGAACCUCAUCAUCAUCAUCAUUCAUUUAGUAACUCAAUGUUAAUGCACAUACAUGCAUGUGACACCCAAGGACAUGUUUGAUCUAAGUUAAGCUUAACUGGUCUGGAUGGUUAGUUGGUUUUAUUGAGUACAUUGAUUGAUUGAUUUAGGUUAUAUAUUUUAUAUUACGUUGGUCGGUUGGUUGGUUGAUCGGUCGGUCGGUUGUUUGGUUGGCUGGCUGGCUGAUUUCAACGAUUUAUUAUUGUCACUCUUUAACGUAUGCGUUCACUAAUUUGUCGGUUCACUGCGAUUCCAUUCUAUUCAUUCAUUCGCUUCCAUUCAUCCAUCAAAUUCAUCCAGCUAUUCACAUUUUUUGUAUCCAAUUCAUUCCCUCUUUCAUCCAUCCAUCAAUUUUAUCCAAUUUAUUCAUUCAUUCCUCCAAUUCAUUCAUUCGAUCACUUUUCCAUUCAUUCGUACUAUAACAUGUUAAGUUUAAUAGUUCAUAAAGUUUUUAGAAUAAUUCAAUAUUUAACC